AUGGCUUUGGCGGAAGACUGGGAUGCUGUUCUGCUACUGCUUGAAGCCGUGCUGCUAGACGGAGCUGAUGGUGAUCUGGAGCUGGCCGAUCGCCUAAUCGAUUUGUUGGAGCAGCUGGAUGGAGAGGAGGAGGAGGACAACGAUGGUGUGCAGGAACCAGGGGAGGCGGCCGGAUAUGUUCGGUUCGACCGAACCGAUCCAAAGUGGAUAGACUCGAAGUGGAGGGAGUGUUUCCGCUUCCAGAAAUAUGACAUGGACCGACUCAUGGCUGCCCUUCAGCUCCCUGAUGUCAUGCACAACCAGAGCCGCAAAAAGCGAUGGUCUGGCUUCGAAGGAUUGUGUGUUGUCCUGUAUAGGCUAGCAUAUCCAUGCCGUCUGUGUGAAAUGCGUGAAAUAUUUGGCCGGCCAAAGAGCGACCUGUCGGAAAUUUUUAAUUCAACUUUAUAUUUUCUUCACGAGCACUGGAGUGAUUUGUUAGUGAGCUUAAAUCACCCGUGGCUAUCCGACGAACGCCUGGAGCGGUAUGCUGAAGCAAUUCAGCGGAAAUGUCCUCUGGGAAACGUGUGGGGAUUUAUCGAUGGGACUGUACGCCCCACGUGCAGGCCCGGUGUCGGCCAACGACUUGUCUACAAUGGCCAUAAGCGUGUCCACGCUCUGAAAUUUCAGAGUGUGGUCACACCAGACGGGAUGAUUGCGCACCUCUAUGGUCCUGUGGAGGGCAGGCGCCACGAUGCCUUUUUGCUUGCGGAAUCUGGGCUGCUGCAUCAGCUCCAGGGCCGGAUGAAUAGGCCGAACCCCGACCCUGGAGCACCAGCAGUGUACAGCCUGUAUGGUGAUCCGGCGUAUCCCGUCAGUGCAUACCUUCUGAGUCCGUUCCGCGGAUUACAUCUGACCCCUGAACAGCGCCAGUUCAACCGCGAAUUGAGUGCAGUACGCGUGGCUGUGGAGUGGGAAUUUGGCAAACUCCAAACCAUCUUUGCCUUCGUUGACUUCAAGAAGAACCUGAAGAUACUCCUCCAGCCGGUUGGUAUGAUUUACUUGGUGUCUGGUCUGCUGAUCAAUUGCUACAAGUGCCUCUAUGGCAGCCAAACAGCCAAGUUUUUCAGCCAACCGGAGGAAGGAGAGAAUGCUGCUCCACCAAUGGCUGCUCCUUUGCUGGAGGAGUAUCUUCAGUUGUAA